AUGGGUCGCGAAUCUGUGGCUGUUGCUGUAUCUUCUCCGGCGAAGGGUGCUGUUGUGGCGGCGACGGCGCUUGCUCCUGGCUUCCGAUUUCACCCGACUGAUGAGGAGCUCGUGAGCUAUUACUUGAAGAGAAAGGUUCUGGGGAAGCCUGUGCGCUUCGAUGCGAUUGGGGAGGUUGAUAUCUACAAGCACGAGCCUUGGGACUUAGCAGUGUUUUCGAGGUUGAGGACAAGGGACCAAGAAUGGUACUUCUACAGCGCGUUAGACAAGAAGUACGGAAACGGCGCUAGGAUGAACCGAGCCACUAACAAAGGCUACUGGAAAGCGACUGGCAAAGACAGAGAGAUCCGCCGUGACGUUCAGAUCCUCGGUAUGAAAAAGACUCUAGUCUUCCACAGCGGUCGUGCCCCGGACGGGCUCCGCACCAAUUGGGUCAUGCACGAGUAUCGCCUCGUGGACUAUGAAACUGAAAGCAAUGGGAACUUGGUGCAAGAUCCAUAUGUGUUGUGUAGAAUCUUUCACAAGAAUAACAUUGGGCCACCUAGUGGGAACAGAUACGCGCCGUUCAUGGAAGAGGAGUGGGCUGAUGAUGGUGUAACUCUGAUCCCAGGAGUAGACGUUGGUGUCAGGGCUGAACCGUUACCAUUAGCCAAUAGAAACAACCAGAUGAGCCAGAACUCAAUCCAGUCACCAAGCAAGGACUUCAUUAACAUCAACGAGCCACCAAGAGAGACUACUACUCCAAUGGAUAUCGAACUCAACCAUAAGAAUAACCAUUGUGAUGAAGAUGAGGAAGCACUCAAACGUGAGGAGGCAGAUGAAGAUCAUGACCGUCCUCCUCCUUUAUGCAUUCUCAACAAAGAAGCUCCGUUACCUCUCCUCCAAUACAAGCGCAGACGCCAAAACGAAUCUAGCAGGAUCACACAGGACCACUGCUCGUCCACAACAACAACCGUCGACAACACACCAACCGCUGCUGUGGCCACCAACACGGCCAUCUCUGCGUUGCUCGAGUUCUCUCUCAUGGGCCUCUCCGACAAGAAAGAAAACCCUCAACCUCCUCUUACUCCACUUCCAUCUCCUGAAGAGAAGGUGAAUGAUCUCAAGAAGGAGGUUCACCAGAUGUCAGUUGAGAGAGAGACAUUCAAGCUUGAGAUGAUGAGCGCAGAGGCUAUGAUCAGUAUUCUCCAGUCCAGGAUCGAUGCUCUGCGUCAGGAGAACGAUGAGCUCAAGAAGAACAGCGCUAAUGGACACUAAAUGCUCUAAACCCCCAUCUCUCCAGG